UAUAGAUAGGAAAAUGGCAAAAUUAAAAAAAAGAGCUUGGGAAAAUUUGCUUCCAGAGGGAGGUGUUUUCUUGAACCAGACACUGGUGGAAUCAGGAACCCAUUCUCUACCUGGAAUUUGGUACAGAGAUUCAGAGUCUUUGUCCAGGAAGAUACUUUGGUGUAGAAGAAUGAUACCCUUCCAACUCACCAUCUUCUUCAUGAUCAUCUAUGUGCUUGAGUCCUUGACAAUUAUUGUUCAGAGCAGCUUAAUUGUUGCAGUGCUGGGCAGAGAAUGGCUGCAAGUCAGAAAGCUGAUGCCCGUGGACAUGAUUCUCAUCAGCCUGGGCAUCUCUCGCUUUUGUCUACAGUGGGCAUCAAUGCAGAGUAAUUUUUGCUCCUAUUUUAACCUUAAUUUUGUACUUUGCAACUUAAAAAUUACCUGGGAAUUUUUUAAUAUCCUUACAUUCUGGUUAAACAGCUUGCUUGCCAUCUUCUACUGCAUCAAGAUCUCUUCUUUCACCCACCCCAUCUUUCUCUGGCUGAGGUGGAGAAUUCUGAAGUUGGUUCCCUGUCUAUUACUGGGUUCUCUGAUGAUUACUUGUGUGACAAUCAUCCCUUCAGCUAUUGGGUAUUACAUGCAUAUUCAGUUAUUCACCGUGGAGCAUCUACCCAGAAACAGCACUGAAACUGACAGACUUCAAAAGAUUCAUCAGUAUCUGUUCCAGUAUCAUAAAGAAGUCUCGUUGGUUGUUCCUUUUAUCCUGUUCCUGGUCUCCAACAUCUUGCUCAUGGCAUCACUGACCAAGCAGAUGCAACAUCAUACCGCUGGUCACUGCAACCCAAGCAUGAAAGCGUACUACACUGCCCUGAGGUCCCUUGCCAUCUUAUUUAUCAUGUUUGCCUCUUACUUUCUAACCAUACUUAUCAGCAUUAUAGGUACUCUAUUUGAUAGGAGUUGUUGGUUAUGGGUCUGGGAAGCUUUCAUCUAUGCUUUGAUCUCUAUGCAUUCCACUUUACUGAUGCUGAGCAGCCCUACAUUGAAAAGGUUUCUAAAGGGAAAGUGCUAGGCCUAGAGUUUGCCUGAGGCACAGGGUACAAGACUCCUGUGCAAUUGAUGUAAUUAGUACCAGUAGAGUAUUGCUCUUAUCAAUCAAUUCAUUGUGAAUCACCAUGAAUGCAGCCUCAUUCUCUUCCAUUUUCACAGCCGUCUGUUUCUAAAUAAUCAACCCUUUCUCUCUCCUUUUCCACUGCUUUUCUUUCCCUUUCAUAAUCCUGAGGUUGCUUCCAAAUUUCUCAAGACCACCCCAUCUUUCCUUCGUCUUUGCCAACUCUGGAAUCGUACACCUGGUAUAUUCUACACAAGACAGUCAAAAUCAUGGGGUCCACACAUUACUUUAACCUUCCCAUGACUGCCAGUUACUUCACACAUGAAUAUGAAUACCAUCCCACAAAAACGUAUUGUUUGUACCCUGAAUGCUUCACAUACUAAGCCCUCAGUUAACUUUCUUUAGUCAAGGGGCCACUCUCUCUCUCUCUCUUUCACUCUCUCCAUCUCUUUCUCUUUCUCUCUCCUCCGGCUUCUUCUGGACUUUUAUCUAAUGAUACAAAUUUUCUUAUUUGUUUUUCUUACAGAUAUCAUAUCUUUAUCUCUUUACAACUCAGGUCAAAAUUUAACUCCUUCUUCAUUUCCAUUCACCAAAACAUUAUACUCUUCCCCAGAAUAGCAGACAAUUUACCCAAUCCAGAUUCAAACUUAAUACUGCUCCAAAUAUUAACAAUUUAAUUGUGUCAACUAUAAAUGGUUUCCAUUGGCUCAAUUUUUGCCUCUCUAUUGUACUAUAAGUUGGAGUUAAUUUGACGGAACAUCUCCAUAUUGAGACAUAGUUGGUUUUUUUUCCCAUAUAAAAUCCAGAUGUCAGCUGGGAACCACUCUUACCUCAUAACAUCUGAAUGGCAUUGGCUUACAUUUUCUAUAAUAUUUUAUUCUGUCCAAAGCCAAAAUGAA